CUGUUCCCAGCUGUCAUUAGUAAUCAAGUCGUCUUUCUUGUUGGUUGUUUGUCAUAGCGCUCGCAGUUGAAAAACUAAAAUAUCCCAAAUUGUUGUAUACGAUUUUUUUUAUUAAUAUUUAAAUGGCGGCCAAAACGUACACUUUAGAAAUUGUAAAACAGCAUAAUAAACCAGAGGAUCUUUGGAUAAUAAUCGAAGGAAAAGUGUAUGAUGUGACUAAAUUUCGAAACGAGCAUCCCGGAGGGGAAGAUACACUAGACGAAGUAGGUGGCCGUGACGCCACACGGGAUUUUCAGGAUGUUGGACAUAGUCAAGAAGCAAAGCAAAUGCUUAAAAAGUAUUACAUAGGCGAUCUCGAGGUCGACAAAACGUGUAAAUUGCCAGUAAGGCUAAAUAAAGCUUACCUAAUUCUAAUCUUACAAAAAGUGAAAAGAAAAAUGCGCAAUAACUCUGGCAAUAAAUACAUAGCUUGAAGUUCAAGAACCGAAAUUAAAAACAUUUAGAUAUUAAAAUUUCGUGGACAAACAAGAGAAGCACCAAUAUUUGUGGCUAACAUUGGGAGCAGCGAAAAAAUAAAACCAUUUCAUUACACGCAGCUCCUCAACCUACCUACCUCGAUGCAUGUAACAAGUCCAUUUGUCAUAAUUAAUUAAUUAAAAUGUGUAUUAUGUAUAAUUGCGCGACAAACAACUUUGGACGCAAUGUAAUAGUUCAUUAUAUGCAUACUUAUUCAAACAAGUUCAAUAUAUACAUAUACAUAUGUAAGUGCAUAUAACAUCAACAUUGAAACCAUUGUGUCAUAAAAAUAUAUUUCGUAAAGCUCUAAUACAUAUUAUGCUCUAAA